GCAGGAACAAGGAAAUAGAACACAUUUAGCUGCUGUUGCUGCUGUGGUCAAGCCCCUCCUCUGCAGGUGGAUGUAACCCGCAACACAGAGUGUCCGGUGUGUCCAGGCUUCAGGGUAACACAAUACAACAAAAUGGGACUACUGUCCGAUCCAAACAGAAGACGGGCUUUGAUCAGCAUGCUCACCCGCCUCAAUGCCCCAAUCUGUGUGGUCUGCUACCUGGCCGGUGUGACUUGGUUCAUGGGGUUAGCUUUUGAGCCGUUCACUCUGCGGACGUACAUGUCAGAGAACGCCAUGGGGUCCACCAUGGUGGAGGAGCGCUUCCCAUCAGGAGAGAGGGCGCUGGCUACCGGCAGGGAGUUCUCAGCUCAUAAGAAGAAAGUUGGUGGGAUGCCAGUGGAGUGGCUGGUGAAGACAAUGCAGGCUCGAGGGUUGGAAGUGUAUACCCAGAGCUUCUCUCGCACUCUUCCCUUCCCUGAUGAAAACAAAGAGAGAUAUAAGGUGAAAGGUACAAAUGUAUACGGGAUCCUCCGGGCCCCUAGAGCUCCACGGACUGAGGCCCUGGUCCUGACUGCUCCCUGUAGCCCAGGCGAUAAGAACAACCAGGCUGUGGGAUUGCUGCUAGGCUUGGCUCACUACUUCCGGAAUCAGAUCUACUGGGCCAAGGACAUCAUCUUCCUUGUGAAUGAGCACGAUCUGAUUGGCAUGCAGGCGUGGCUGGAGGGCUACCACCACACCAACACCACAGGUAUGGACUGGUCUCCGUUACAAGGCCGUGGUGGUUCAAUCCAGGCGGCCCUGACCCUGGAGCUCAGCAGUGACGUCGUCACCAGUUUGGACCUGGUACUGGAGGGCCUCAAUGGCCAGUUACCCAACCUGGAUUUCACGAACCUUUUUCAUGCCUUCUGUCAGAAGAUAGGGGUCCUUUGCACCAUCCAGGGCAAGCUGCAGAGGAACGACUGGGACAGUGUGGCCGGCUACAGCCAUGCAGUCCAGACCAUGAUGCUGAUGGUGAUGAAGCAGGCCAGCGGCAGGCCCUGGGGAGACCACGGUCUGUUCCUGCGCUACCACAUAGAGGCUGCCACCAUCGAGGGCAUCAACAGCUUCCGCCAGUACAAGACCGACGUCACCACCAUCGGCAGGCUGCUGGAAGGAAUGUAUCGUAAGCUGAACAACCUCCUGGAGCGCCUACACCAGUCCUACUUCUUCUACCUCAUGCCGUCGCUCUCUCACUUCGUGUCUAUCGGAUACUACAUGCCGGCCUUCGGCCUGCUCGCUGUUAUCCUGCUGCUUCGUGCCUUAGAUCUGUGGGUUCAACUCGUAACUCCUCCACAAAGAGCAGAGGACGGAGUCGCCGUCGUGGAGCAGUCCAGCUCAGGAGUGUCGGUGCUGACCCCUCUGGUGAUCAGCCACCUGACUGGAGUGGCCCUCUACACGCUGCCGAUACGGUUCCAGGAGAUCGCCUUGGAGCACUUCCCCGUGUCGGAGACCGAAGCCGUGGUCCUGACGGCCAUCGCGAUUUACACGGCGGGUCUGGCUUUGCCUCAUAACACGCACAGGCUGCUCUCCGGUCAGGGGACGGAGCACGGCUGGAGGGUGCUGAAGCUCGUCGCCGUGCUGUACCUGGCCGUGCUGCUGGGUUGCACCGCCCUCAUCAACUUCUCCCUAGGAUUCAUCUUGGCCCUCACCCUGGUACCCGUGGCUGCGUUCGUCACGCCCCACGUCCCAAAGUUUCUGUCAGGCUUCAUCUUGGUCGUCCUCAGCCCGGCCUUCACGCUCCUCUUUUCAGUCUUUCUCUUCCAAGAGCUGAAGGAGAUGCCCGUCAGCUUCCAGGACGGUUGGCUGCUGUUCCUGUCGGUCAUUUCGCAGGGAAUCCUGGACCACUCCCUCUACGGAUCUCUGGUCUACCCGCUCAUAGCCUUGCUGGUUUACCCGUGCUGGCUGCUUUUCUGGAACAUCCUCUUCUGGAAGUAGCCCGGCGAAGGCUUCCGUGUGUGCGCCCGUGCUCUGAAGUGAUCUCAGGUUUGUACUUACUUGGGGAAUGUGAAAAGUUGACCGUUAAAUCCACUGGUUUUGAGAAGAACAAAAUCUACAGUUGCCUUGGAAAGAAUGCCCCAUUUUUUUUGUACAUUUUGUUGGCAAUGUAAUACUGAAGUAUUUCAUUCUUUAAACAACUGAGACAUUUCUGAUUCAAUGAGAUGUUUGUUUUUUUUUUAAAAACUAAAGAAUGAACUGGUUUUUACUUGACACCACUCCUGCAGUUAUGAAUUCAUAAUCCUUUCAUCUUCAGUCUUUCAUGUCUGUAGAAACUGAAUUUGGUUGAAGACGGUGCAAAACAAACAAUAUUUCACGGUUUUGUUUUUUUUUUUAUAUCAGACCGCAUGUUAAUAUUGGAAGAAAAAGUCAGGGCUGCCAAGUUAACCGUGGUACCAUGGGAGAAACCCCUGCGGUUGGUGAUCUGCCUCUUCUUUUUGUGUGUAUGUGCUUCUGUUGAACAAGCCACCACUACAUCUGAUAUUUUUGUACUUGCUUUGAUAACUUUCUUUUGAAAUGUUUAAUCCAUAUUUAUAACUGCCAAAAUAAAUGUAAAAAAAAUGGAAAAGA